AAGUGGGACUUUGAUCGAUACAUAUCAAGAUUUAUGCUUUGUGGGAUGGCAACCGCCACCUCCAGUCCAUAUCUAGCUAGCAGCAGGAUUUUAUCCGGCCCGGUCCUUCACUCUGACCGGAGGGGUGGUGGCAUGCAGCCGGGCAGCACCGCUGUGACCAGUGUUUCCAGUGGAUACAGAGGAGACCCGUCAGUUAAGAUGGUGCAGAGUGACUUCAUGCAGGGAGCCAUGGUAGCGAGCAACGGGGGCCACAUGCUCAGCCACGCUCACCAGUGGGUCACAUCGUUGCCGCACGCCGCAGCCGCAGCAGCCGCAGCCGCGGUGGCAGCAGUCGAGGCCGGCUCCCCGUGGCCGCCCAGCUCCCAGCCGCAGGAGGUGAAGAGAAACGGCGGCAGGGAGGACCUCCACUCCGGCUCCGCUCUGCACCACAGGUCCCCACAUCUGGGACCCCAUCAGACGCACCCGGGAAGUUGGGGAGGCUCCUCCGCGGCGCACAUCAGCAUCUCAGAGGGGCCACAGCAGCAGCAACAGCAGUCCCUCAUCUACUCCCAGCCAGGCGGGUUUACUGUCAACGGGAUGCUCAGCUCACACGCCGGACAGAGCCUCAUGCACCAGGGGCUGGUGCGCGGCCAGUCCCCGGAGCUGGACCACGGCAGCCAGCAUCACCACCAGCAUCACCACCACAAUCACCACACACACCUCCACCAGCAUCACGGUGUGAACCAUGAGCCGCACUCAGACGAGGACACACCGACGUCUGACGACUUGGAGCAUUUCGCCAAACAGUUCAAACAGCGACGGAUCAAGCUCGGUUUUACGCAGGCGGACGUGGGCUUGGCGUUGGGCACCUUGUACGGCAACGUGUUCUCACAGACCACCAUCUGCAGGUUCGAGGCGCUGCAGCUGAGCUUUAAGAACAUGUGCAAGCUGAAGCCUCUGCUCAACAAAUGGCUGGAGGAGGCCGACUCCACGACCGGGAGCCCGACCAGCAUCGACAAGAUCGCCACGCAGGGCAGGAAGAGGAAAAAGCGCACAUCCAUCGAGGUGAGCGUGAAAGGCGCGCUGGAGAGCCACUUCCUCAAGUGUCCCAAACCCUCCGCGCAGGAGAUCAAUUCUCUGGCGGACACUCUGCAGCUGGAGAAGGAGGUGGUCCGGGUCUGGUUCUGCAACCGCAGGCAGAAAGAGAAGCGCAUGACGCCCCCUGGACUCCCGCGCACCCCGGAGGACGCGUACUCACAGGUGGGCAGCAUGGGUCCCGACACUCCGUCACCCUCCAUAGACUGCAAGAGGAUGUACAGCGACACGUGAAAAUAACUUACACUGUGAAGUGUGUGGUUAUAUAUUCAGAGAAACGUUUCCCCGAAAGACUCGAGUAUCUGCUUAACUUUUCUUACACUACAUAUGUCCAGUAAUUAUCCAGUCGUUCAUUUCAGAGCAGGACAGAUGUCCCUUUUCGCUUCGUCGAGUAUUUUCCUGCACAGUGGAUCAACCUUUGGGACAGAAAACCAAAAGCUAAACGGAAAUCUGAGAAGAAAACAAGUUUUAUGUCUUUUACAUUCAAUUUUUCUGAGACUUUAAGGCUUCAAACAGAAAAAAAAGCUAUUUGUGCAGUUAAUAAUAAAAAAUAAGUUCCCUUGUAAUGCUGCAGAUUUUAAUACCCCACUCUUCCCUACAUGGUUUUUGAAUUAAGGGACAAUUAUUAUUCAGCAUUUUCUUGUUUUUAUGAUAAGCAAUAAUUUAUCA